ACUACCCUCACUGUUCACACUCAGCAACAGUCGCUCACAUUAUAAAACAGUGUUAAACCAUUGUAUCAAUGUUCACUUCCGGUAAAACCGAACUAUGUAGUGUGUGAACUACGAUUUCACUGUGUUGAUGUUAUGUAAAAAGGCUAAAUAAAAUGGUUCGCGUGUUUGUUGUGUGCGCGCCGGACAGUAAAAGUAUCGUAGAUAGUAUAAAGAAUAAUCUCCCUGGAAAAUGUGUGACUAACAUUGUUUUAUUUACUGACAUACACUUUCACGUUGACAGCAAACAAAAUGGCGUCAUAUUGAUAAUUUUGACGCCUAAGGGUUGCGAAGCGAUACAGAAGAUUAAAAAAGAGGUUCUGACAAAAUUAUUCGAUCAUCAGUCAAAUGUGAAAAUUCUUUUUUCAUGCCCACCAAGCCAACUUGAUUCAGUGGUCAAUUAUUGUGGCAUGAACUGCGAUCGCUAUUUCUCUGUUGCUAGAUAUGGCACAAAUGAAUAUAAAAAAUUUCGUGAUGAUGUAAUUGCUUGUGUGGAACAAUUUGAUGGGCCGUGUUUGCCUCUACAGGCGAACAGAUUUAUAGUCAAGCCAGAAAUUAUAUAUGGGCCGACUGAGGUAAUAAUCUUGAUGUUUGAUGAAGAAAAUGAGCAGACAUCAUUCCAGAAAGUUGUAGUGCGACAUGCUGACAAAGAGCUUCCGGCUACGCGUGUCCUCACGAACGUCUGGACAUUCCAGACUGGAGAUCUUCCCAGUGGCGACAACCGCAUUUCUGUAAUCUGCGAUGGUCAAGACAUAGGAUCUGAAAUCUUGAAGGUCUGUGAAGUAGACUUGAAGAAAGCAAUCAAUGCGAUUACAGUUGCGAUGGAUAUACGUCCGCUGACGUCUCUGGCCACACUCCUGGAAUCGGCAGAGGAAUAUGUUGACGAGGAGUUGGCGAAGCUCCUCAGUUCGAAGCCUUCAUCUAUUGUGGAGACACUCUUACACAUGCGAAAUAAUGAUGGAGGUGGCGGAAAAUCCUUGUUGACAAUUUGCAAAUCAAUUCAUUUGAAAGAAUCCUUUGUGCGAAUAAACCAAGAAAAUGAGUUACCCAAACAACAUUCUGAAAGCUCAUCUGAUGAUUAUCAUGAAUUGCAAUCUCCACUUUCCAGAAACAGUUCGGCCAGCCUCUAUCGAGGUACACGGGACAUCGGCGUUGGACACAGCCAAGGCAUGGAGAGUGGGGUCGAUCAAAAGCUGACCAAAUCUUCACAAACUGGUCGAAUUUCAAAUACCAAAUGUCCUGAACAGGAUGUUUUACUUGUUGACCCAUACGAUUUCAGUCGCGGUCACCGAGGCUAUAUGAUCAUCAUUGUUAAUGAAACGUUCAAGCGCCAAGCGUUCAGGCAUGGAGCAGACAAAGAUGAAGCGUAUCUAUCUAACAUUGCCUACAAACUUCGUUUAACGGUCUAUAAAGGAAAAACAACAAAUAUGUCCUUCACAGAAACGAAACAGUUACUCGAAGAUGUGAUGUGUCUCGACCAUUCGGACAGUAACAUGCUUGUCGUAGCAUUUAGCACACACGGGUUAGAACGACCGAACCCCAAAGCUGAAGGAAAGUGUGACCACGCCCUUGUGUGCUCAGACGACAGAUGGAUUUUCACCAGCACAAUAACUGAAAUGUUCAACGACGACAAUUGCCCGUCCCUAAAAAACAAACCAAAAUUAUUCAUAAUCCAAGCUUGUAGAGGUGAAGAACAUGACAGCGGUGCUGACCUUUUGGUGUCAAAACAGGCAGCACCUGAUCUAACUUGUGGCGGCAACGCAGAGACCCAGCGAUUCCUGGACGAUUCUGACGUGCACUUUGCCAUGGACAGCUGGGCUGGUGGCCCUGUACAUCUUCAUGACGACUUCCCGGCUGCAGCCGAAAAUGAGUCACCCGCGAUACACAUGGUUCCUCAGUUCACUUCCACUCAGCUCGUUGAUGAACCUCUUGGGUCGAGUCCCCAAUUUAAACCUUUCCCCUUCGUUGACACACCUUCUCUGAAGUGCGAGAACGAUCAACUUGUUUUUUACGCCAUACCCCCGGGCAUGUUGGCGUGGCGGAACACAGAGAAGGGCUCCUGGAUGCUGUAUUACCUAAACAAACUUGUUAAGAAGUGUGAUGGGAGACGACCAGUGAAUAUACUAAAACUGUUGUUAAAAGUGAACGCUAAGAUGGCUCUGAGGACUACAAACGCUCCUUAUGAUACAAAUCUGGAUAAAAAGAAGGCUAUAUCUGUUGUCGAACACAAACUUACUCGGGACUUGAUCUUUCCGCCGUUAGGUGAUGAUCAAUAACAUAAAACAUAGUGUGAUGUCCGAUGAUAUUUAAAGAUUCUUCUUAAAGAACCUGUGUUAUUAUGCCAAUCAAUUUAUGUCUAUGUUCUGUUAAAAUGUCUCGUUCAUAAUCGUAUUUUACACUAAACAUACAAAUGAAACAAAUGUUUCUGCAUACACCAGAGCUUUUUUCUUUGGCCUAUGUCGACAAAAAGUUAGUUUAUAUUUCACGUUCAAUACUAUUAUCUGGCAGAUUGAGCUUUACGAAACAAUUAACAGACUGCUCUGUAAUCAACUUCUGACAGAAUAAGUCGUGCUGAUUUGAAAAUGAAAGGGUAAAAUAAAUGCGACCCAUAUGUGGAAUUUUAUCGAAUAUAUAUAUAUACUAUUACAUUGUGCCAGUUACGCGGUCUCGGUAGUUUUCAGACUAUACUUAAGGGGUCAAUAUUAUAAACGGGAUCUGUAUACAACCCCGCGUUCUAGGCACCUUUAAUUACUAUGAGGGGGGUGUAGGGGAGGUAAUGCAAUCAAAUGUUACAAUAAGGUCUUAUAUCGAAAACCACAAUCGCGUCUGAAAUUGAAAUUAUGUAUACCUCGCAAUUAAUGUUGCUAUAUAUUUCUUGUAUGAUAAAAUAAAUGACGUAUUUAUAUAUAAUACUAUAUGGGGUUACCCCUAUAUACAUUAAUUCGUGUUAAUAUCGGAUAAAAAAGGGUAUGGAGAUACAUGUUUUUAAAGUGGGGACCCAAUGACCUAUUUCUAAAUCGGAGACCCCGUAACUGGCGAUAUGUGUGAAUAUAUAUAAAUAGUUAAAAUCAAGGCCUUAGCCUAGUUUUUUCAUAUAUAUUUAUUGUUUUACUACGAAAUUUGACGUCGGUUUUCUUUCUCAAGAGUUUACAGUAUCGCAUGUUUCUCGAGUUAAUUAACAUUUAACAUUUAAAUUAGUUUGUAUGUUUUAUUUUCCUUUUUAUUGCAAUAAAGUCAAGUUACAUGUUUAAUGUAUAUACUCGAUUAUAAUCCUGUAUUUCUUUUCGUAUUUUAACAUAAUACAAUUUAGUCAUUUUAUUAUGCAUAUUAACACGUUUCCUUUGUAUUUUAUUACGUUUGUUCAUUGUGAAGGGAUAUUAAAUAAUCAUGUGAGCUGUAUCCCAAAAUAGGGUACGAUAAAUCAAGAGUCUUAAAACAUGGAAAUACGCUUUAUUUGUGUUAAUUGUUUUCGCUGUGCUCCGUUUCAAAAAACAUUGGUGUUUCUCUCGUAAGAUAUGUAUACUUAUAUCUAUUUAGUUAUUCUGGUUUUGUUUUGCGUUUGUGCUUUAUGUUGUUGAUCCUGUUAUUUUAUUCUGACAAUUAUCAUCUUAGUAAAAUGUAAUACACAAUAAUUCCAGUUUGUUUAACCAAUGUUGAACCUGCUCACACAUAUUUUUCUGGUUCUUAUGGUCAACAGUUUUACUUUAUUCAUUGAUUUGUUCAGGACAGACAUCGUAUUCUGUAUAUGCAUUUAAGUUCACACGUUUGCAAAUAUUUGUUCAAUCACAGUUCAUGAGGGCCAUGACAAUUUAUUACUAAUCGUACAAUAAUAUUGGAUAGAUUAUUAUGUAUAUACCUUACGUAAGACCGCUUUUCGUCCCAUAUUAGUCACAUUAUACCUGUAAAUUGGCCGAUAUAAUCCUCGUACUGUUUACUCUAUAACGCAUACUCUAUAAAAACAUUGAUCAUCAUUAACACUCAAAAACACGAGCACAACAUGUCGGUAAAUGGAAACAAUUUAUUAGAGAGUGUUAACAAUUUUAUUAAAAAAUGUUUGUACAUAAUAAACAUAUUUAUGUAUAUAAUAUAGUUAAUAUAUUAGUUGUAAGUG